AUGGAUUCCAAAAAGUCGGACAACAAGAGGAACGUCGUCGUCGUUGGCGGCGGCUUUGCAGGCACGCUCGUCGCCCGUGCGCUGUCCUCAAAGCUGGAUGCGUCCCAGUACAACCUCAUCCUCGUCAACGACCGUCCAUACGGGAUCCACCUCAUCGCCGGCGCGCGCAUGGUCGCCUCCGACCUCGACCAGCUCGACUCGGAGGACAAGGCAUUCAUUCCGUACAGCAAGCUCUUCGUCCACGGAAACGGCUCGUUCCAGGAGGGCAGAGUCACCGCUAUCGAGGAGGCCGGAAAAGGCGCCGGGGGAGAGAUUGUGCUUAGCAACGGGGAGAGGCUGGCCUACGCCGCCCUCGUCCUCGCGACUGGCAGCUCGUGGUCCGGGCCAUUGGGCUUCCCCGAGUCUGACCGCGACGUGCGCGCACACAUCCAGCGAUGGCGCACGCAGAUUGCGGAUGCCAAGGACAUCUACAUCGUCGGCGGAGGAUCGGUUGGCAUUGAGCUCGCUGGAGAGAUCAAGGAAGCGUACUCGCACAAAAAGGUCACCGUCGUGCACAGCGAGGGCAUGCUCCUGAACGGGAUCUACCCCGAAAAGUUCCGUAAAGACAUCGAACGGCGCGCCCGCGGCCAGGGCAUCGAGUUUGUCUUCAACGACAAAGUUGACACGUUCCCUGCGCCCGGCGCUGUCGGCCUCACCACGCGCGGGGGCAAGCAGUUCUCCACUGCCGACCUCGUGAUCCCCUCCUUCGGCUCGCGCCCCAACACGGCGUUCGUCUCCACCCUCGGCUCCGACGUGCUCGCCGCGGACGGCAGCGUGAAGGUCAAGCCGACGCUCGAGCUACAGGCGCACGCGGGCAUCUUCGCCGCGGGCGACAUCGUCGCCUGGGACGAGGCGAAGCAGGCGGCAAAGGCGAACGCGCACGUGUCCGUCGUUGCGGCAAACGUGCUCAGCCACCUCGCGGGCGCGCCGCAGACGAAGCAGUACAAGGGCAGCUUCGAGAUCAUCAUGAUCCCGCUUGGGAAGACCGAUGGGGCGGCAUACGCCAACAUCCUCUGGGGCCUCAUGUUCGGCGGCUGGGUCACGCGGCUGAUCAAGGGAAAGUCGUUGAUGGUGGGCACAGUCAGAUCCGACAGAGGUCUCUGA